AUGUCAGCCUUCGCGCCCGAAGACUCAGAUAACGAUUACUCGUACGCCGAGGUCGACCGCGCGGAAACAUCCACCCCUCCAAUUCCCCAAUCAAUGGGCGACGCAGACGCCUCGCACGGCCGAGGCCACUCGAAUAACCCCCUCUUGGGAGAUAACCCCCCCAGUAUCAGAUUUGGAGCAGGAAGUGCUGGAAGACUAUCCGAUAAACUCGCCGACCUCGCCGGCUCCCCCGCCUCCAUGCCCCUUGAUGGUCUUCGUCUCCUUGAGCGCAAGACUGCGACUGUAUGCACCCUGCUGAAGGCCAGUGUAUACAGCAUUGUCUUGCAGCAGCAGAUCUGGAAUGAGAACGAAGAGCAACAGCAACAGGAGCAGAAUGAGGAUCGGCAUUUCCAGGACCACCAGUAUCAAUACGAAGGGGAGGGAGAUGUGACCUUCCAGUAG